AUGAGCACAUCUGUGAAUUACAAGUCUUUUUCCAAAGAGCAGCAGACCAUGGAUAACUUGGAGAAGCAGCUCAUCUGUCCCAUCUGCCUGGAGAUGUUCACAAAACCCGUGGUCAUUCUCCCCUGUCAGCAUAACCUGUGUAGGAAGUGCGCCAGUGAUAUAUUCCAGGCCUCUAACCCCUACCUGCCCACAAGAGGAGGCACCACGGUGGCAUCUGGGGGCCGAUUCCGCUGCCCGUCCUGUAGGCACGAAGUAGUUUUGGACAGGCAUGGGGUGUACGGACUUCAGAGGAACCUGUUGGUGGAAAACAUCAUUGACAUCUACAAACAGGAGUCCACCAGACCAGAAAAGAAGUCCGACCAGCCCAUGUGCGAGGAGCACGAGGAGGAGCGCAUCAACAUCUACUGUCUGAACUGCGAAGUGCCCACCUGCUCCCUGUGCAAGGUCUUUGGGGCGCACAAGGAUUGCCAGGUGGCUCCCCUCACUCACGUGUUCCAGAGGCAGAAGUCUGAACUCAGUGAUGGCAUUGCCGUCCUUGUGGGAAGCAACGAUCGAGUCCAGGGAGCAAUCAGCCAGCUAGAGGACACCUGUAAAACUAUUGAGGAUUGCUGCAGAAAACAGAAACAGGAGCUUUGUGAGAAGUUUGAUUACCUGUAUGGCAUCCUAGAGGAAAGGAAGAAUGAAAUGACGCAAGUCAUUACCCGAACACAAGAGGAGAAAUUGGAACAUGUCCGUGCACUGAUCAAAAAAUAUUCUAAUCAUUUGGAGAACGUAUCGAAAUUGGUUGAAUCAGGAAUCCAGUUCAUGGAUGAACCAGAAAUGGCAGUGUUUCUGCAGAAUGCAAAAACCCUCUUACAAAAAAUUUCUGAAGCAUCAAAGGCAUUUCAGAUGGAGAAAAUAGAACAUGGCUAUGAAAAUAUGAACCACUUCACAGUCAACCUCAAUAGAGAAGAAAAAAUAAUACGAGAAAUUGAUUUUUAUAGAGAAGAGGAAGACGAUGCAGAAGAAGGAGGAGGACAAGGAAAAGGAGAAGAAGAAGAAGUAGCAGAAGUGGAAGAGGUAGAAAAUGUUCGAACAGAGUCAUCAGGAGAAGAUGAAAGCCCGGAGAAAGCUUUGCAGCCCUCUCCACCCACUUUGGAGCUCCAAGCUGCCCCAGGGGCACUUCCAGUUCCCACUCCAGAGCUGCCUCCAGCCCUGCCUCAGGCAUCUGCUGCCAGCACCCCGGUGACACAGAUUGGAUUUGAGGCCCCUGUCCUCCAAGCACAGGCUGCAGCUUCAGGGAGUGGGAAUGAAGCUGAUUCCGAGCCAGCUCGCCAUGUCUUCUCCUUUUCCUGGUUGAACUCCCUGCAUGAGUGAUGUUCAUUCCAACUGCUGCCCCUCUGUCUGCCUGGUUGAUAUGCACCGAAACAGCAGGGAAUCUCAAUGAAAUUCACAUGAUGCAGAUGAUGAAAGGGACCUCUGAACAGGAUUUCUGCAAAAAAUCUUUAAUUCCAGAAGACUUAUCUAACACGUUGAGGGAAAACAAUUCUUUCAGAAAGCUUUGGGAAACAGAAACUUGAUCUUAUGCAAAUCUUUUAUUGUGUGGGAAACAUCACGAAGGGUGUGCAGGUGUGGUAUGUGUAUAUGUCCGUCAGUAACAAGUGGCAAAUAUUGAAAAAAGUGGACACUACAACUCUCAUCUCUAACAGGCACUGGCUUUUUGUUAUUAUAUAGCAGCUCUUAUUCCCUUUCCUUUUUAACUAUGCAGGUGGUCAGUGAAAUUCAUGUUAAUGCAUAAGUGACUGAUUUAUCAAUAUAUGGACAAAAGGUAAAUCAUUGACCAAAUGUAUGAAAUGUUUCACAAAGUUUUCCUCUUUUUCUACUAGAUGCCAUGGAUGUAUAUCCAGAAUUGUUCUUUGCUUUUGGUGAUUCUUGCAUAGUCCAGAAGGCUGAAGGCCUAGGACAUCUCUUGCAACAUUUUUCUUAUCUUAGUUUUAGAUAUUCAGAUAUCAUGCAUUUUAAUUGGAAAAAUCCUUCCAGCAGGAGCUGUCUACUUUCUCUUGUAUCCACUGAGGCACCAGUAUUGUGAACUGUAGAACAACUGUGUGUAUUUACAGACACAAAUGCACACCAGACACAUUUAAAAUAUAUACAUAUUUAAAUCACACUUUGUCCCACCACAAUGCCUCCUUCAGAACUUAAGUAUAACUUUACUCUGUAUGAAAUCUUAAA